AUGAAUUCAGAAGCUCGGAUUAAAAAGAUAAUGGAGGAGACAGGAUGUUCACUAGAGGUUGCAAAAAAAGCGGAGCAAGAAUCCCAAGGUAACUUGAAUGCGGCUAUAGAAAUGGCUAAGAAAAAAGGAAAUGUUUUGUAUUCAGGGGGAAACAGUGGGCUAUAUGUUGAGGAAAACCCAUCGCGAAAGUCAAUAACUCAAUACAAAAAUGGAAUCCUGGUGGAGGAUAAGUUCUAUGAUUUUUCCGUAGAUAAUAAUAUCAGACUCAAGGACAUGCUGGAAAAAGGAACUUUUGAUGCAUCACUUCUUGUUUUGGAGGGAGAUACAGCCGAAGUCAUCUACAGUGAAAGGUUGGAUGAGGAAUACAAAGAAAAAAAGCCCCAGGAACCUUCUAAGGUAACAGCCUCGUUUGUAGGGGAAGGAAGGCAGAUUGGGAACUCCAGCAGAGAUAUUCCUUGUAAUAAUAUUGAAGACACGUUAGAAAUAGUCCAUGAUGGUGAUACAGUAUUCAAAGUUAUGAUAGGGAGCAAAAGAGUCACGGUGAAAAUGCACAAGUUUCAAACAGUUGGCGAUUUCUUCGAUUAUAUGGAGAGAUAUUAUGACUUCGGGCUUGUUUUGUCUACCAAUGGAAAAGAGAUUCCCCCUAGCCAUAGUGUUGAAGAAAUAUCAAACAAACUUGUUCUCCUUAGCAGAAGAUAG